CGGGGGGCUAGCGGCGCCGGAAUGGUGCUUCUGGAUUGCAAACAGUUCCUGACAGAGCUGACCAGACUCUUCCAGAAGUGCCGGUUGUCGGGCAGCAUGUUCAUCACCUUGAAGAAGUACGAUGGUCGAACGAAACCCAUUCCGAGGAAGGGUUUUGUGGAGGGCUUUGAGCCCUCUGACAACAAGUGUCUGUUAAGAGCUAUUGAUGGGAAAAAGAAGACCAGCACUGUGGUGAGCUCCAAAGAAGUGAACACGUUUCACACGGCUGACUCAAACCUAUCGAGAGCUAACGUGGAUGGGCUGAAGAAGAGGGACAAAAAGAGCAAGAGUAAGAAGAGCAAAGCAGCGCAGUGAAGGGCACCAGGUUUCUUGCUGUCAUCA